AUGAAGCACUUUGUAGUGGUCGCCGCUUGCUUGGCCUUCUCAUUCUCAUCGGCAGUUUUAGCAGAAGAAAUCUGCCAAACUGCCGAGUGCAAGGCACUGAGUGAGGACCUGCUGCACCACUCAAUGAACGAGUCGGUGGCGCCGUGCGACGACUUCUACGACUACGUCUGCGGAAAGUGGGCGGCUUCCCACCCUCAGUCGCCUAACUCCCCUCGAGCCAUCAACUACUUUGGCCUUCGCCAGGAGCUGGUGCUGGAGGAGAUCGACGAGGCCUUCCUCAACGCCCUGAACUCCAGUAAUGAUGUCAUCCGCUCGGUGGCCACCAUUUACACCGACUGCCUCGACAACGCCACCAUCGAAAAACGAGGCGUGACGCCGCUGGUAGAGACAGUUCACACCAUUCUCGGCGACUGGCCCAUUCUGCAGAAGCCAGCUCACAAUGCCACCUCAAAAACGCCCCACUGGCAGGACCUCUACGUCAACACGUACGCCCACACGGGCAUCGGUGCCGCCUUUGACCUGGGCAGCUACCACAACUUUACGCUGCGAAAAUACAUCGCCAAUAUUCAAUCCGGCACCAUCAGCAAUGAUCCUACCGGUAUGUUCAUCACAGAGAAGACCCACACGGAAAAGUACCGAGCCUUCCUGCACAAGCUGCUUACCACCUUCUUCGCCGUCCCCGACAAUGACCGCCUGAAGGCGGACAUUGAGGCGGUGCUCCACCUGGAGCAAAAACUGCACACCGCUUACCAGGAGACCUUCAAGGCACACGUAGGAUUCGGCAACUUUGUCGGCAGCUACGCCGACCUGAAAGUGGCGCUGAAGGGCAAAGCCGACUGGCAGUCGAUGGUGAACCAGGUUCUGGGCAAGCUGUCGCUCACCAAAGUGCCCCUGGUGACGCCCACUGACCAGGUGCACGCUCGCGUCCUGCCGUACAUCGUCGAGGCGGUGACCGCCCUCGAGACGACGCCCAUCAGUGUGGUGCAGAACUGGCUCGGUCUGCUGAUCGCCGGCCAG